GGCCGAGCUGCUAUGUAAAGGCUGGGAGACAGGCAGGAUGCACAGUGAGCAGCCAGCACUGAGUCUUCUUCACCUGUACCUACCUGUCCUGUGAGUAUUCUUCCCCUCAUCUACCAGAACUGACAGGACCCUUCCCGUAUCUGCACGGUGAGCUCCCUUCCCUGGACCUACCUGCACUCCCACUCCUGGAACCGUGAGAACUUCCCGCCAUCACAUUGAUCCGUUUCUCAAGAAUCCGUGAACGAACCAAUCGGCAACAUGUCACAGGGAAAAGGCACUGUAGUCCUGGCAUACAGCGGCGGUUUGGACACGUCCUGCAUAUUGGUGUGGCUGAAGGAGCAGGGAUAUGAUGUCAUCGCUUAUCUGGCAAACAUUGGUCAGAAUGAAAGUUUCGAUGAAGCACGGAAGAAGGCUUUAAAUCUUGGAGCAAAGAAGGUCUUCAUAGAAGACAUGCGUCAGGAGUUUAUUGAACAAUUCAUCUGGCCAGCUGUCCAAGCCAAUGCCAUCUACGAAGACCGAUACCUCUUGGGCACAUCACUGGCACGUCCCUGCAUUGCAAGAAUGCAAGUGGAAAUUGCCAAAAGGGAGGGCGCAAAGUUUGUGUCCCACGGAGCCACCGGCAAGGGAAAUGACCAGAUCCGAUUUGAACUGACCUGCUAUUCUCUGUACCCCGAAGUCCAGAUCAUUGCACCUUGGAGAAUGCCUGAGUUUUACAAUCGUUUCCGGGGCAGAAGUGACUUGAUGGAUUAUGCCAAGAAACAUGGUAUCCCAGUACCUGUCACACCCAAAAACCCCUGGAGUAUGGAUGAAAACAUUAUGCAUAUCAGCUAUGAAGCUGGGAUUUUGGAGAACCCCAAAAAUCACGCUCCAGCUGGACUGUUCAUGAAAACUAAAGAUCCCUGCACAUCCACUGCCUCCCCAGAUAUUCUGGAAAUUGAGUUCAAGAAAGGUGUCCCCGUGCAAGUCACCAACGUUAAUGACGGGACAAGACAUAAGACAUCGCUGGAGCUAUUUAUUUAUCUCAAUGAGAUUGCAGGCAAGCACGGUGUAGGCCGGAUUGACAUCGUAGAGAACCGAUUCAUCGGGAUGAAGUCUCGAGGUAUCUACGAGACGCCGGCUGGAACCAUACUGUACCACGCUCAUUUAGACAUUGAGACGUUUACCAUGGACCGAGAGGUGCGGAAAAUCAAGCAGCAGCUUUCACAGAGAUUUUCGGAACAAGUCUACAAUGGUUUCUGGUUCAGCCCAGAGUGCGAGUAUGUGCGCGGCUGUAUUGCAAAGUCCCAAGAGCUGGUGGAAGGCAAAGUGCAGCUGUCUGUUGUAAGGGGACAGGUGUAUAUCCUGGGCAGAGAGUCCCCCCAGUCCCUGUACAAUGAGGAGCUGGUCAGCAUGGAUGUACAAGGAGAUUACGAACCUGCAGACGCCUCUGGAUUCAUCAAGAUUAAUAGUGUCAGGUUAAAGGAAUAUCAUCGCGUUCAGAAGAAGACGGCAGCUCAAAUAAAAUGAAAGCUUUGCAAAUCAAAACACAUCGCUGGUUAGACAACCGCAUUCUUUUCUAUUUGACUUUGCUGCUGUUUCUUCCAAGGGGUUUGAUUGAAUUCUGUGAUUGUUAGAGAUCUUUCCUUUUUUUUUUUUUUCAUAUAUAUACAUUAAAUCGCAGCCCAGUGCUGCUUUUUCAACGUUUUUUUGACCACUUUCACUUCUCCGGUUAGAAACGCCAAUUCCCGGCAUGUGUGUCAUGACAGACGAACACAGAAAAAUAAUAAAUACAUUUAAAUAUGUCAUACGUGUCAUUUUUGAAAUGUGCGACAAGAAUUUGCAGUUGUCAGAAAUCCAACUCGUUGUGUAGAGGUUGUGGAAUUGGUUGGUACUUAAUAAACACAAGAUCGAGCCUACAGAUAUAGAAUGUGCUGUUUAUGUCUUUGAAAUUUGCAGUGUUAAAGAGAAUAUGUUUAUUACAUUUUUAACCAGUGUUUUAUGUUUUUUUUUUUUCAUAAUUUUUGUUACUUACAAAUUAUCUUUCAUGGUCUUUUAAGGAUGUAAAACUUUUGAUAUCUAAAAUAUGUUUAAAACUAUAUUCAACACACUAUAUGCAAAGAAUAUCUAUUACAGCUAGGAUGUAUGUAGACAUGUGUUCUAUAUAUGCAAAUUAUAUACCUAUGAAUUACAUAAUAGAUUAACUAAAAUACUACAUCCACUGGA